GCCUCGGAGCUGCGCAGUAGCGCACUGGGUGUAGUCUGGACUCCAGUCUUUUCCUGCUGGAGUUCUGGGUGCAUGGCGGAGGGCACAAAGAGCUGAGCGACCUCAGAGAACCAGAGAGCAGCAGCAGAGAGCCGGGCCAGAGCCGCGGAGCCCGGAGACACCAGAGGCUGCUGUUUUCCAGGAUCCUCCAGUCCAGGAUUGUUUCUGCGGGAAACUAACGGGAAAAAAGUUCGGGAAAGUUCUGGGAGAGUUCUGAUGGGCGUCUGGAGACCGAGCAGGAGGACGGGGCGGGCGGCCAGGAUGCAGGAUCUGAUCCGGGCUCUGGUGGCCUGCAGCUGGGUGGCCGCGCUCUGCGUCCGCGGCGCCAUGGACGAGUGCGCGGACGAGCAGGGCCGGCCGCAGCGCUGCAUGCCCGAGUUCGUGAACGCGGCCUUCAACGUGACGGUGGAGGCCACCAACACCUGCGGCUCCCCGCCGGAGGAGUACUGCGUCCAGACCGGGGCCACCGGGGUCACCAAGUCCUGCCACAUCUGCGACGCGCGGGACCCGCGGAACCACCACAACGCCGCGUACCUGACCGACUACAACAACCAGCAGGACGCCACCUGGUGGCAGAGCCAGACCAUGCUGGCGGGGAUCCAGUACCCCAACUCCAUCAACCUCACCCUGCACCUCGGUAAGGCCUUCGACAUCACCUACGUCCGCCUCAAGUUCCACACCAGCCGGCCGGAGAGCUUCGUCAUCUACAAGCGCAGCAGCGAGGGCGCCCCCUGGGUUCCCUACCAGUACUACAGCGGCUCCUGCGAGAAGACCUACAGGAAGCAGAACCGCGGCUUCAUCCGCACCGGCGGCGACGAGCAGGAGGCGCUCUGCACCGACGACUUCAGCGACAUCUCGCCGCUCACCGGGGGGAACGUGGCCUUCUCCACGCUGGAGGGCCGACCCAGCGCCUACAACUUCGACCACAGCCCCGUCCUCCAGGACUGGGUGACGGCCACAGACAUCAGAGUGACCCUGAACAGGCUCAACACGUUCGGAGACGAAGUCUUCAACGAUCCCAAGGUCCUCAAGUCCUACUACUACGCCAUCUCUGACUUCGCUGUGGGAGGAAGGUGCAAGUGCAACGGCCACGCCAGCGAGUGCGUGAGGAACAGCGGGGGACGGCUGGUCUGCGACUGCAAACACAACACCGACGGCUUCGACUGCGACGUCUGCAAACCGUUCUACAACGACCGGCCGUGGAGGAGGGCGACCGCCGACAAUGCCAACGAGUGUCUGCCCUGCGACUGUAACGGGAAGAGCUCUGAGUGCUACUUCGACGCGGAGCUGUACCGGGCCACGGGUCACGGAGGUCACUGCAGGAACUGCGCCGACAACACGGACGGGCCCAACUGUGAGCGCUGCCUGGACAACUACUACAGGGAGCAGAGCGCCGGCCGCUGCCUGCCCUGCUUCUGCAGCUCCAUCGGUUCUGAAUCUCUUCAGUGCAACAACAGAGGCACGUGUGCCUGUAAGCCCGGAGUGACGGGGGAGAAGUGUGACCGCUGCCAGCCGGGGUUCCACAGUCUGACGGAGGCCGGCUGCAGGCCGUGCACCUGCUCCCCGUCAGGCAGCACCCAGGAGUGCGACGUGAACACGGGUCAGUGCCGCUGUAAGGACAACGUGGAGGGCUUCAGCUGCGACAGAUGUAAGCCAGGGUACUUCAACCUGGACCCCAGCAACCCUCAGGGCUGCACCGCCUGCUUCUGCUUCCAGCACUCGUCGGUGUGUGAGAGCGCCGACGGCUACAGCGUCCACACCGUCAGCUCCACCUUCGACAGAGAUAACGAGGAGUGGGAGGCCCAGCAGCGGGACGGAGCCGCCGUCCCUGUCCAGUGGUCCUCCAGUGGACAGGAAGUCACCUUGAUAUCUGAGGACUACCAGCCCCUGUACUUUGUGGCCCCAGGGAAGUUCCUGGGCAACCAGAUGUUGAGCUACGGACAGAAGCUGAGUAUGAACUUCCGGGUGGAGCGGCGGGACGCCCGGCUGUCGGCCGAGGACCUGAUCCUGGAGGGCGCCAACAUGAGGGUGGCCGUCCCCCUCAUCGUCCAGGGCAACGCCUUCCCCAACGAGAACGUGCAGACCUUCGUGUUCAGGCUCUACAACCCGCCUGGAAACCCCUGGAGGCCUGUGGUCAGCGACUCGGACUUCCAGAAACUUCUCCAUAACCUCACGGCUAUCAAGAUCCGGGGCACCUACAGCGAGAGGAGUGCUGGCUACCUGGACGACGUCUCCCUGGUGACGGCCAGAAGGGGCCCCGGUGUGGCGGCUCGCUGGGUGGAGCAGUGCACGUGUCCCCCGGGUUACCAGGGCCAGCACUGUGAGCAGUGCACCCUGGGAUACCGCCGCGCCCAGCCGGAGCUCGGAGCCUUCAGCUCCUGUGAGAUCUGCAACUGCCAUGGACACAGCGACAGCUGCCACCCCGACACUGGUGCGUGUGACUGUCGGGACAACACUGCCGGGUUGAGCUGUGAGCGCUGUAAGGACGGGUUUUACGGCAACGCCACUCAGGGCACGGCGGGCGACUGUCAGCCGUGUCCCUGCCCCCCUGGAGCCACCUGCGCUGUGGUGCAUAAAACCAGCGAGGUGGUUUGUACCAACUGUCCCGCUGGAACCACAGGUAAGCGCUGUGAGCUCUGUGACGACGGGUUCUUCGGAGACCCUCUGGGUCAGAACGGGCCGGCCCGGGCCUGCCGCGCCUGUCAGUGCAGCAACAACAUCGACCCCAACGCCGUCGGCAACUGCAACCGCGAGACCGGAGAGUGCCUCAAGUGCAUCUACAACACCGACGGCUUCUUCUGCGACCGCUGCAAGGCCGGUUUCUACGGCAACGCCCAGGCGUCCAACCCCGACGACAAGUGCAAACCCUGCUCCUGCUCCCCGCUGGGCACCGUGGACCAGCAGACCAGCUGUUCUCAGGUCACCGGCCAGUGUACGUGUCUCCCCAACGUGGCUCAGCGCGACUGCAGCGCCUGCCUGCUGGGAUACUUCAACCUGCGGAGCGGCAACGGCUGCGAGCGGUGUGACUGUAAUCCCAUCGGCUCCACCAGUGGUGAAUGUGACAUCUUUAGCGGACAGUGCGAGUGCCAUCCCGGCGUCACGGGGCUGCACUGCGAUCGCUGCGAGGUCAACUUCUUCAGCUUCAGCUCCUCUGGAUGCAAACCGUGUGACUGUGACCCUGAAGGCUCCCUGUCAGGCCAGUGUAAGGAGGACGGUCGGUGCGAGUGCCGGCCCGGCUUUGUUGGAGCUCGGUGCGACAUGUGCGAGGAGAACUACUUCUACAACCGGUCGGUGCCAGGCUGCCAGCAGUGUCCGUCCUGCUACAGCCUGGUCCGGGACAAGGUGAACCAGCAGAGACAGAAGCUCCAAGAACUCCAGAGUCUGAUAGAUAACCUGGGCUCUGGCCAGGAUACCGUCAGUGAUAAGGCCUUUGAGGAACGACUGAAGGAGGCAGAAAAGGCCAUCAUGGAGCUGCUGGAGGAGGCUCAGAACAGCAAAGAUGCAGACCGAGAUCUGCUGGAGCGUCUGAAAGGCCUGAACAACACUUUGACCACGCAGUGGAACCGUCUGCAGAGCAUCCGCAACACGGUGGACGACACCAGCUCUCAGGCAGACCGAGCCCGCGACAGAGUCCGGGACGCCGAGGGCCUGAUUGACCGCGCCCGGCAGGAGCUGGCCAAGGCCAAGGAGGCUGUCAGUAAAGUGGACAUCAAACCUACCGGCGAGACUGGAGAGCCCAACAACAUGACGCUGCUGGCUGAAGAGGCUAGACGCCUCGCCGACAAGCACAAAAUGGACGCCGAUCAGAUCGAGAAGAUCGCCAAAGACGCCAAUGACACGUCGACCAAAGCCUACAACCUGCUGCUGAAGACUCUGGAUGGAGAGAGCAAGAUGGGCGAUGAGAUUGACAAGCUCAACAAGAUGUACAACGACGCAAAAGACAAGGCCAAGGAUCUGGAGAAACAGGCCGACAAGGUCCAGGCCGAGGCGGAGGAGGCUGGGGACAAAGCUCUGAAGCUGUUCGCCAACCUGACCAGCCUCCCGCCGUUCGACACCAAGACCCUGGAGGAUGAGGCCAAAAAGAUAAAGAAAGAGGCGUCGGACCUGGACAAUCUGAUAGACAAGACAGAACGGGAGUACAACGACCUGCGGGACGACCUCAAGCCAAAAGAGCUGGAGGUCCGGAAGCUGCUGGAGAAAGGAAAGAGCGAGCAGCAGACCGCAGAUCAGCUGCUGGCCCGGGUCGACGCCGCCAAAGCUCUCGCCGUGGAGGCGGCAAAGAAGGGCCAGUCGACCUUCAAAGAAGCAGAGAGCAUCCUGGAGGACCUCCGAGACUUUGACAAGAGGGUCAACGACAACAAGACGGCAGCAGAGGAAGCCAUGAAGAAGAUCCCCUACAUCAACGCCACCAUCAUGGCAGCCAACGAGAAGACGCGGCAGGCGGAGGAGGCGCUUGGGAACGCUGCUGCCGACGCUGGAGACGCCAAGAGGAAAGCUGAAGAAGCUGAGAAGAUCGCAGGCAAUGUCCAAACGAGUUCAGCUAAGACCAAGGAGGACGCAGAGAAGGCUCUGCAGGACACCAGCAAGCUGGAGAAAGACGUGAACAGCAUGAUGGAUCAGCUGAACGAGGCAGAGGAGGAGCUGAAGAGGAAGAAGGAUGAGGCCGACAGCGACAUGAUGAUGGCUGCCAUGGCGUCAGAUAAUGCGAAGCAGGCCGAGGACAACGCUCGCAAGGCUAAGAGUACGGUGAAGACGGUGCUGAAGAUCAUCCUGGACCUGAUGGAUCAGCUGGGAAACCUCGACAAAGUGGACCUGAGCAAACUGAACCGGAUCGACGAGUCUCUGAAGCGCGCCAAGGACAAGAUGGCCGGCAGCGAGCUGGACAAGAAGCUGGCGGAUCUGAACGAUGUGGCGAGCACGCAGAAGGAGAUGAUCGACGACUACGAACGGCAGAUCCGAGAGAUCCGCAGCGACAUCGCCAACCUCAACGACAUCAAGAACACGUUACCCGAGGGCUGCUUCAACUCGGCGGCGCUGGAGCAACCUUAGCCCCGCCCACCUCCUCCGUACGCCCCGCCCCUUCACUCACAUCUAACACUCCGGCAAACUUGCUGACUUGUACCAAAACAGUUCUUGUUCUCAGAUUCUUUGCCAACAUUUCAGCCGCUCCCAGCAUAAAGGCAGCUGCUGGUGACGGCGGCGGCGUUACGAUGAACUCCGCGGCGCAGAGACGCCGUGCAGCGAGGUGGACAGACCUCAGAGAGUCAACCAGAACCACAAACCCGACGCGACUGCAGCCACACAGGGAGUUCCCUGGCGCCUCGCCAUAAUUUUGUCUUCAACAUUUCAGAACACGUGAAGGAAUUCUCCGAUCCUCAUCCCGAAGCUACGCUCUCGACACGGACAGCGGGGAAAACGUCUCAAAGCUUCUCCUCUGCAGUAUUCACGCCUCCAGCAGGGGGCAGUCUUUGGUAAAGUCAAACAAAAACUCGGCCGCAGGAAGCUGCCAAAGUCCGAGAGACAUGAAAUCAGAACCUAACUGCUUUUCAUUUACAAUCUUCCAGAAUUUAACCAGAAUUUAAGAAGAAGAAGAAACGGCCUUUUUCAUCACAGACAGAAGCUCAAAACCUCCCAAGAGCAGCCAAAACGUCCCAGAUAAUUGAAUAAGAGUUUAAAAGCAGCUUCAUAAUUUCAGCCUCAAACCUGUUUCAUCCACACUGAAAAACGUGGAGAAACAUUUCAAAGGUUUACUUCAGAUGAACUGCAAUAGGCCUGCCUAAAAUCAAGGUCAUAGUCCAGGUCCAGUUUCUAUGAAUUUACCAUUAAUAUGCUGCACCUUUUACUCGCUCAAAUUUAUCUUUACCAGCAGUUCUCUGGCUUUCUGAAGGUCUUAUAGAGCUUUUCUUUGGAUUUAUGCUCCAGUUUUAAAUGAUCUACAGUUUCAAAAGCAGGUUUUAGGCUCGGAGAAUUUUCUACCAAGAAACACAUUUUCAUUUUUAGAGAAUAACUAAAAUCACCAUGAUAAGUUUGUGUUAGCUCACUGAGGCUAAUAAUAGCAUUCCAGUCCUCCGAGGUUGUUUUGUUGGUACGCCUUAAAUGCACAACCGAUGUUAGCAUGCUAACAACAUGCUAACAUGCUAACACCGCCAUCAGCACAGGAGACAUCCGAACUCUGAAUUAGUUAGCAUAUUAAGAUGAACUCAAAACAUUUUCUUUAAGAUGCUAAUGCAAGUUUUAACUUCAACAUGCCCACAUUUGUUAGUUAUUGCUAAAGCUACUACUAGCAUAACAUUUUCAUCAGUAUUUACUGCUCAGUUUUAGUAGAUAAUCAUUUAUAUAAAGAAUGAGUUGGCUCAUCUACCAACAGUAAUUCCAGCGUAUAGUUUCCUGGAUUUAAUAAGUAGUGUCGCUAACAGUAGCCUACUUCUGGUGUCUGUGCUCGAAAUACUUGGAUUGGUACUGAAAGGGCCUCGAAGUUAGUAAACUUUUAAAGCUCACCUACUGGGCUGGAGUUUGUGCCUCAGUGAUACCAAAGUGGCAGAAAUAAGUGAAUAAACAGAGAUGCUAUUAAAUGGCAAUUUUAAAACUUUUUUUCCCUAUAAGUAGUGGAAAAUGUGUGUUAAAAUUCCAGCUAUAGUAAAGGAGCAUCUCUACUUUCAAGCAGCUUGCUAGUUAGCCUUAGCAUGCUAAGCUAGCAGACUCUUGUUGACUCAGGCUGCACAGCUUUUUUUUGGACUGCAAACAUUUCUAGAGGACUAAAGAAACCAAUAGCAUUUUUGUCAUGUAUAAAAAACUCGUUAUAACAGCUGACUUGGGGAAAAAGCAGGAAGUUUAUUCAGAUGCUUUUCCUGCAUAAAACAAAAGCAGUUUGAGCUGCUGAUGAGGAGAGACUGGGAUGUCUGGGUUUCCCUCCUGGACAUGUUGACCCGAUCUCAGUGAACGGAUUUAUUCUGACUCUGGCUGCAAUGUGGCUGACAACAAGUUUCACUCAGCGUGUUUCUUAGUGUUGCAGUUAGAGCCUGGAUUGGACAGAUGUUAGCAGGUUCCAGGGCAGAAGGUAAAAUCCCCCAAAGUAUAGAGAAAACCCUGAACUUCAUAGAGCCUGGAGAACGAUCAAUCCAGGCACCUUAGCAGAAGGAGAACUAGAACAUGUGGGAUGAAUCAGGCGUUCAGGGACUUCUGUCUGUGGUGGAAACCUGGGAUUAGAGAACCUGCACUGAACGUGUUGGGAAACAGCCCAAGCUUCCUGACACCAGAUGAAAUGCUCUCUAAGGUUGUUUCCUGGUGGAUGAUGUUGGAUCUUUUGUGUGUAACAUCAGGUUGUGAUCCAUGAAAUGCCAGCUUUCAGGACUUUGGCAGCUCCUGCCGGCUCAUUUCGGCUCUUAAAGGCGGUUCCCGCGCUGCGACGCCUCACGUUUGCCUCCUCUCCACAUCCAGACACUAUGCAACUUUGUACAUUCUGCGUAGCGAGAGUUUUAUCUGAUACACUGGUGCUAAUAAUUAUUUCAAAUGUUCUAUUUUUGAGUGAAUGUUUUUUAUUAUUAUGAGUUAGAGCGAGGAGUUUAUUAUGUGUGUAAAUAAGUGAUUGGCUGAAUUUAUCCCGAGCAGCCUCAUUAUGUUUGAUCACAAUCAAUCAACGGAAACCUCUGAAAAUAUAUCCUCUAUCAUAACGUCUGUGGUAUGUUAUUAUAAUUGUUAUAAUUAUUAUCUCUGCUUGCUUGUAUACAGGGCUGAGAGCUGCUGCCUCACACCGUUACUGUUUGUGUUGAUUCUUUGUGGGUUUCCAGGAUCUAAACUGAAUAUCUGGGUUUUUUACCGCUCCACCAGCCAGGACGAGGCAACAAGCGCCCUCAUGUGUGGUUUUAUUCCCGUUUGUGCCUUAAAGGAGAGCAGCCGGUGCCUCUGCAGUGUCCACGCUCUCACUAAGCGGUCCCAGCUGUUUCAGGGACCCGUCUGUCCUGCAGCCUGUGCAGCUCCCGGCUCUGGGCUCAGUGUUCUAAGUUAUACGGCUGGAGCUGCUCAGCCUGCAGGCUUCCUGCCAGGUUCCUGCUCUGAUCUCACCUGCCUGUAAACCCAAACCUAACCUCUCAGUAAUAAAAACAAACUACUACAGGAGUC